AUGGAGGCAUACGACGUAGUCAUUGUCGGCGCCGGUAUUUCAGGUAUCAACUGUGCGUAUCGACUGCAAUCAGAGACUCCGGAUGCGCGUUUUACGGUGCUUGAGGGACGGGCUCAGAUUGGUGGCACCUGGGACCUGUUCAAGUUCCCGGGAGUGCGGUCGGACUCUGACCUCUGUUCCCUGGCCUUCGCGUGGCACCCAUGGCCGUAUGAGCAUAUCUUUGCCGAGGCGCCGCUGAUCUUGGAGUACAUGAAUGACGCCGUAUCAAAGCACAACUUAGGCAAACACAUCCAGUUCCAGCAUAAAGUCGUCUCGGCCAGCUGGUCCUCCAAAGCCAAGAAGUGGGAUCUGGUUGUGGAUGCCCGCGGACAGACGCGACACAUCGCAGCGGGCUUUCUGGUUCUCGGCUCUGGAUAUUACGACUAUGAGACGCCGCUGUCGACAACCAUACCUGGUCUCGACAGCUUCAAAGGCAAGACCAUCCACCCUCAGUUCUGGCCGACGCAAUACGAUUACAGCAACCAAAGGCUUGCCAUCAUCGGCAGCGGGGCCACGACCGUGACGCUAUUUCCACGCUUGGCCCAGCAAGCCGCCAAAGUCACGAUUGUGCAGCGUAGCCCGAGCUACAUCGCCGUCAAGGCAGACUCGACGCCCCUUUCGUCCUGGUUGCGCAGGCUGUUCCCCCUCUCGUGGGUGGCGGUCUGGGAGCGCUUCUACUAUAUCACGACCUCGUACCUGGUCGUCCUCUUCUGCGGCGCAUUCCCCCAGGCUGCCAAAUACGUGAUGCUAAAGGAUACCGCGGCCGCGCUGCCCAAGGACAUAAAAUUGAGCACACAUUUCGAGCCUCGCUACACACCGUGGGAGCAGCGCAUCUGCCUGGCGCCAGACGGCGACUUCUUCGCGGCCCUCCACCGCAAGAACACCGCCGUGGUCACGGGCGAGAUUGACACGGUCACCGAGCACGGGAUCCGCAUGCGGGACGGCACAUUCGUCGAUGCCGACGCCAUCAUCACCGCCACCGGACUCACCAUGAGGCUGGGAGGAGGCAUCGAGUUGAGAAUCGAUGGGGAGGUCGCACCCUGGGGGAAGAGGCUGGUCUGGAACGGCGCCAUGCUGGACGGAGUGCCGAACCUCAUGUACAUGCUCGGGUACACGAACGCGGCCUGGACGAUCGGGGCCGAUGCCAGCGCCAUGAUACUCGUGAGGGUUCUGGGGCUCAUGCGCAAGAAGCAGGCAUCGUCCGUGACUCCUCGUGCCCCGCGGGACGCGGCCCUGGAGACAAGGCGCGUGUGGCCGGUCGAUGCCACAUAUCGCCAGAUCGCGGACCGGGUGCUGCCUGUGUAUGGGGUCAGAGGGCCGUGGAGCCCAAGGAGACUUAGCCCUUUGGCAGACUUUUGGCACUCGCGGUGGGGAAAUGUGACAGAUGGCCUGGAGUUCGGAGCGACGAAUUGUUGA